AUGUUGGUUUAUCAACCGAUUAAACAUAUAAAUCCCAACGCAAAGAAAUUGCCUUUGGUCCACCACGUUUACAAGCCACAGGUGUACGACGAGUUUGUGAUCUCGGGCAACGUCGCAGUGCUUCGGUGCAGCGUCCCGAGCUUUGUACGAGAGUUCGUAGAUUUUGUCUCGUGGCACCGGGACGACGGUCUGGCCAUCACGCGAACAUCAAACAGAGGGAAAUACAGCGUUCUUCCUACAGGCGAACUGUAUAUUAGGAAUGCUGGACCCAGCGACAGGCUAGGAAGCUACCACUGCAAAACGAAGCACCGCCUCACCGGUGAAGUGGUCACCAGUGCCUCGUCAGGAAGGCUCAUCAUUCAAGCUCCUCAAGGCGCCGUCGCCCCCAGGAUGACGGACACUCACCCAGUUGUCCUUGCUGUUGAAGGACAGGAUAUUGUUGAACUUGCGUGCGCUGCACAAGGAUUUCCUGUACCUUCCUACCGCUGGUAUCGGGAGCUUGACGGGCGGCUGUCGGACCUAACGCGGGAUCCGAGGACGGCCCAAGUGGAAGGAUCUCUGUUUCUGUCCGGCCUGGAGGUGAAGGACAGCGGGAAGUACUUCUGCCUAGUCAACAACACCGUCGGCGAAGAACAGGUCCAGACAACGCUUUCCGUGACAGCACCCCUGAAAGCCGAAGUGCACCCAGCCGUGCAGAAAGCGGACGUAGGGCGCCCGGCCACGUUCAACUGCACCGCGGCAGGUCACCCUGUCCGCUCUGUGUCCUGGUACAAAGACCAGACAAGACUGGGGUCGACCUCGCGGCAGACCCUUCUCGCAUCCGGGCACGUUCUCCGCAUCGACUCUGUGCUGCGGGAAGACGCAGGGAUGUACCAGUGCUACCUGCACAACGAGGCUGAUUCUGCGCAAGCGUCGGCUGAGCUCCUUCUCGGAGAUGUGGCCCCCUUCCUGUCUUCAAGCUUCGCGGAGCAGACACUGUCUCCGGGAGCAACGUUGUCUCUCCGCUGUGCGGCCGUUGGAAGUCCAAUACCACAGGUGACCUGGAAGCUCGACGGUGGACCCGUGCCGGACCUGGCCCGCUUUCGUGUGGGAGACUUUGUCAAGUCCGACUCCGUGGUGGUCAGUUUCGUCAACGUCACCGAGAUCCGUGUGGAAGACGGCGGCGAGUACGCCUGUUCGGCGUCCAACGUGGUCGGAGACGUGGUGCACGCGGCACGGAUUGACGUGCACGGCCCGCCAACGGUGAGGUCCAUGGGCAACAUCACCGUGGUGGCCGGAACGCUCCUCCGGAUAAUCUGUCCCGUCUCUGGAUAUCCCAUCCACGGAGUCGGCUGGUUCAAAGGUGACCUCCCACUUCCGACCAAUCACAGACAGCAGAUGACCCACUCCACGUUGACAGUACAGAACGUUCAGAGGGCCUCCGACGAAGGCGAAUACGCCUGCGUGGCCCGGAGCGGCAACUUGUCCGCCCAGGGGAACACCUUCGUACACGUUCAAGUGCCUCCGGUGAUCGACAGCCAGAGCCUGCCCGACGUGCUCACGGCAAACCAGGGCAUGAACGUGAAGAUGCUCUGCAGCGUGGUCCAGGGGGACCCGCCCAUCUCGCUUCGCUGGUUCCGCGGGGGUAACGUGGUGUCUAGGAGUGCCUCGGUGUCCCUGCAGAGCCUGGAGGACUCGUCGGUGCUCACGCUCAAAGGGGUCGUGAUGCGCGACAGCGGCAACUACACUUGCGUCGCGUCCAACCGGGCCCAGGCUGUCAACAAGAGCGUCACGCUGGUCGUCAAUGUUCCCCCAGUCUGGACAGCCGAGCCAUCCAGCAGCCGUGUAGUUCUUGGAGACCGCGUGUCCCUCGACUGCAGCGCCGAGGGCUCGCCGACACCCCGGAUCGAAUGGAAGAAAGCCCGAGGUGCCGAACCGAGGAACUUCGAUCUGGUAUCAAGCACCUAUAGAGUUCAAAUACUCAGCAACGGAAGCCUCGUUAUACAAGACACCGAACUCGGCGAUGGAGGGUACUACCUGUGCGAGGCUCACAACGGCAUUGGCGUUGGACUCAGUAGGGUUAUAGCCCUCUCCGUUAAUGUUCCACCCAGCUUCUCGACGAAGUUUUCGAGCCACAAUGUGAAGAGGGGACAAGAGGCUGUGCUGCGCUGUGAAGCAAAAGGAGACCCCGACCUUGAAAUUACCUGGGAGAAGGAUAAACAUCCGAUGGAUCUCACAACAGAGAAAAGGUACUCACUCACGGAAGACACCUCAAGGAAUAAGAUGUCUUCAUCACUCAGAAUAUUGUUGACAGAAAGGCGGGACGGAGCUCUCUACAGCUGCAUUGCUCGAAACCCGUUUGGCUCCGACGAAACUAACAUCCAGCUACUUGUACAAGAGGCACCCUCCGCUCCUGCUGAAGUACGAAUUUCGAAGGUCGCAAGCCGUACCCUGGAAAUCUCAUGGUCACCGUCUUACAAUGGAAACAACCCUAUACGAAAAUAUCACGUUCAUUUUACAAACUCCACAUCAAGCUGGGAUUCCACCAGCUCUCGCCUGCAGCUCUCUGUACCUGGUACUGAAACCAAGGCAACGAUCCACAAGUUACAUCCAGUCACGACCUACAGAAUCCGAGUAACAGCGGAGAAUUCCUUAGGACAUAGUCCCCCGAGUGAUAUUGUGGAAGUCACAACGAGAGAAGAAGCGCCCGGUGGUCCACCUCUGCAUGUCAAAGUAGAACCUACGGGUUCCCAAUCGCUCAAGGUGUCCUGGGAGCCACCAAGGAAAGACCUCCACCACGGCAAGGUCCAGGGUUACUACAUCGGGUACAAGGAAGUAGAGAAGGAAGAGGCGGAAUUCCAGUACAAGAACGUCGAGGCCCUUGACGUCACAUCCGGUGCGAGGCUACACCAGAUGAGCCAUCUUACCAACCUGAAGCGCAAAACGAGCUACGUGGUAAAGGUCCAGGCGUACAACAGCGAGGGCGCAGGCCCAAUGUCGGAUGACGUAAGAGCAACCACCCUCGAAGCUGUGCCGCCAACAUCUCCGGCACUGAUGUUCAAGUCCAGCACAAGUGAUUCAGUUACUGUGGAGUGGGAGAGCUAUCCGGAUGACACGACAGCAAGAGAUUACGUGCUUCACUACCAAGUGAAGGGCGGAGACUGGCAGCAGAAGGCCUUGAGCACCAACUCAAACAAGUACACAGUGGAAGGACUGAAGUGUGGGUCCGUCUACAGUCUCUACAUGACGGCUACCAAUAGUCUGGGCACCGCCGAGCCCCGGGACAUCAUCUACGCCCGAACCAAAGGUGCUGCCCCAGUCUCGUCCAAGCUCGAGAACUUCGUCGUUCUAAACUCGACCUUCGUCACUCUCAACCUGGCAACGUGGCAGUCUGGUGGCUGCCCAAUCCUCCACUUCAGCGUCCACCUGAAGCCUGGCAUUCAGAAGGAGUGGACUCUGGUGGCAGACCAGGUGUCCGCUCACCAGCGAAGUCUGGAGUUGAGACACCUCUCGCCCGGGAAGGAGUACGAGCUGCGUGUGAGCGCCUACUCAGAAGCCGGUAUCACGGAAGCCGACUUUACCUUCAGGACCCACAACAGGACCUACGUUGCUGGGGCAAGUUCCACUCACGGGUCAUCGGAGAUUCAGCAAACCGGAAGUGAGGUCCCUCUGUACCGGAACCUCUCUAUUCUGCUUCCGGUGGGUGUAUCAGUUCUGGUGCUGGUCAUUGUCCUGGCGAUGGUCAUUGUGUGCCUACGGAAGCAGAACGACGUGUACAGUGCAACGGGGACUGUCGAAGAAAAUCACUUAGACGACCCUCUAAGCAAGUGCCGUGGCAGUGUGGACAACAUGGGUAUGGCCGAGUUCUGCGCCAUGAAGCAGCGCCUUCAGCAGCAACAACUCCGCCACAAAGAGGAAGAGGCCUACUCCAAGGGAACGUCCUUCUACGCGUCUCCCGCGCGAAAGCCGGUGCCGGUGUCUUCAGACCCUAGUCGAGCUCGGAGAGGGGAUGGCCACGAGUACGCGGAACCUUACUCUGCUCUACAAGUAAACCAGCAGAGGACUUUGGAUGACCCUGAGUGUACAACAGCCAUAUCCUUAGCAUACCGGGCAAGAUGUGACGGAGCUCCGUACGCGACCAUAAAGAGGAGUCCUCCAAGGCCACAUACCGCGGCGUUUUGCCAAGAAAUCUCUUGA